AAGAGCGGUUUGAAUCUCGGGCAGUUGGUGACGUUUCUGUUUGUGAAAGGGUUACAGUUAGAGUUUUAGUUAUCUAACUGCAUUUACUCAAACAUAUGUUCGUUGUAUGAGUUUCUUUGAUUAGCUUAGAUAGCUGGGUCCGAGUACAAGGUAGCGUUGUUGAACUUAAAUAUAGACUAUGAAAAAGUGGGAGUCCACUGCACAGCAAAACAGCACUUGCCCAGUCAAACCUGGGGAUGGUGCGAUCCCAUCAUGGAGUGGGCCCCAGGAAGAGUCUAUCAGCCAGAGUAAAGAGCAGCCUUGCACAGUGCAGGCCAUGUACUGUAAGGAGCUUCUGCUUGUAGGGGCGACAGAGUUUUCAUUUGAAGAGCUGCGUUCACAGCGCUAUUUUAAACAGCUCGAUGAAAAAGUUUUACAUUUGAACAAAGUCAAAGAGGAGCUGAAGUUUCAAAUAGAGCAGAAGCAGAAACUUAUUCAAGGGAGGAACAGUGCCAGUCAACCUCAGCAACCUGAUGUACUACAGGAUUCCGUCCAGACUACUAAUGUCAGCUGUGCUCCUGUUGUUCCCAAAGAUGCUACUUCCUUGAAAUUUUCUAAUGAACCAGAUAUAUGUAGAAACUCUGCCAUAAGAAACGGCAUAAUAAACCAUGAGGACAUGGCACAGGGAACAGCUAGUGUUAAACAGAGGAGUUCACAGCCAUCAAAAUCUUUUGCUAUUUAUGAUGAGAAUGCUUUGCCUGAAAAAGCAAAUACAAGAUCAUCCUCUGUAAACCUUAAAUCAUUGAAGCUGCCCACAUCCAUUUUGAAAUCCAGACAGCCUGCAUCAGUGACUCCCAGUGAUAAAGUAAAUGAUGCCUCCCUUUCUCGCUCCGAGGAGGCUAUCAUCAAUGCUCACUCUAAUAAGACUCUCUGCCGAAGCCCAGAAGACACUUAUGAUUUUAUUCAUGCUGCUCAGCUAGCCUCAACACCAUUCGGAGGACCAGGCAGACAAAACUCCUCUGAAAGAGGCCGAAUAGAAGAGAAUGACGCGCUCAACAAAACUGGUUCUGUUACAUUCAAAGAACCAAGCUCUGAGCCCAAAGCAGAGACAAAAAAGCUAAGCCCAAUCCAGGAGAUCAGUCACGAGUGGGGUCAUAUCUCCUUAGCUUGCACUUAUCCUCUGGAGCCAGAUUUACAAGGACGGCCUACAACUGACUCUGGAAUUACAGAGGUCAUUCAGCCUACCUCAGAAAAUACAGUGUUUGCUCCUGAAAUGGAGACUGAGCCAGUGAAUCCAUGUAGUCUGGAUAUCAGAAAAGCACUACUAGAUACUGUGGACUUGAGUUCUUUUGCUAACUUCAGGAGGAAGCGUGGAUCUCUCCCUGAACCUGAUGACCUGCAUCUUGAUGGUCAAACCUUGUUCUUCCUCAAAAAGAUUGGAGAUCGGGGAAUAUGCCUAUAUUUGUCAAAUGGUGAUAAUGUGCUUGUUAAGGUUGAUAAAUCCACAGUACCUUGGGAUUUUUAUAUUAACUCUCAACUAAGGGCCAGAAUGAAUGCUGAUCUACAGCAAUGUCAUGCUCAGAGCACCUGUUACCUCUAUGAAAAUGGAUCUUUGACAUUGUGGCAAGUUCCUCAAGGACAAACAAUUCAAGAAUUACUAGAUGACCAUGUGGAUAGACGAGAUGUUCUACUUUUGGCCAUACGGUUGUUAGAGAUGGUGAAAUUGAUGCAUUCAUGUCGACUUGUUCAUGGGUCUUUGCAACCUGAAACACUAAUGGUGUGCCACAGCUGUGAAGACAAUGUUAUCUGCCUGGAUUUCUCAAAUUCAUUGGACUUGGAGCUACAGAGUGAUGUGAAGACAGUACAGUCUCUUCCCUCAGCGCAGGCCUAUAUUGAACAGGGUUUAUUGUUGCCCUCUGCUUCUCCUUACCAGGUGGACCUCUGUGGCAUUGCACAAAUAGUGCACUUGCUACUUUUUGGAAGAAACAUGACGGUAAUUAAGGAUGCAUCUUUCUGGACAUUGGCAGAUGACUGUGGGCCUCUGGAUUGGCAGAGGGCUUUUGACCUCAGCAACCUGCAUGGUCCCUUGUGGCAAGAUUUUUUCCACAACCUUUUGAAUCCUAAGGACAACUCAACCGAGUUAAUUUUGUCCAACCUUAUCAACAACAUAAAGAACACUCUCUAUGAAGGCUUGGAGUGUCCGUUUUUUCUAUAGUUUAUGCUGUCAGUCACUUGUCUGUGUUUUCUAUAUGUUUAUUGUACUACACCAAAAUGUCAUUAGCACCUAAUCCUUUCACUAUCCUGUUCCUUUCACCUAAUUUCUUUCAAGUCAUUAAAUAAAGGAUUCAUAAAUAUUCUUAA